AUGGAGCAGGGCCCUGAACGGCUCACCCCUCCAAAGUCUGACGUCUCUGUCCGUGUGUCCUUCCCUUGCUGCAGCCGCCUCAGCUCCGGAAAGCUGCAGGAUCUGGGGGUCGUGGAAGGAAGCAAGUUGACGCUGGUCCCCACGGUGGAAGCUGGCUUGAUGUCUCAGGCCUCCCGACCAGAACAAUCAGUGAUGCAGGCUCUGGAGAGCUUAACGGAAACUCAGGUGAGAAGCAGAAAUGUCAGGGCCUUGACACCAAAGCCCCGAUGUCCUGUAACACUGCCCACCCUGCCCCCGUCACGGCGGGGAUGUUCCGGUCACACGGGGCCAGCGCGCAAACGGUUAACAGCAGCGUCGUCUCGUCUUGCUCAGAGGUGGACUGUAGCUCCCGGAGCAACAACUCCGCCAGCAGCAGCCCAGUCCCGCAAACCCGGCGCCGUCAUCGAGAGCUUCGUUAACCACGCACCUGGGGUCUUCUCAGGGACCUUCUCCGGCACUUUGCACCCCAACUGCCAGGACAGCAGCGGGCGGCCCCGGCCCCCGCCCCUUCUUCGGACCAACAGCAACAGCAGCGUGUCUAGCGAGGGCAGCCUGGACCUAGACUUCGAGGAUUCGGUGUGGAAGCCGGAAGUCAAGGCGGACCUGAAAUCGGAAUUUGUCAUAGCAUAGACCCCAGGCCUAUGGUGGGACGGACCCCACUGGGGAGAGCCAGGACUCUCAUCUCUUCUGUCCCACUGCUUGGGUCUCCUCCCUCCCUGCCGGAUGCCUUGGGCGGACCUGAGCGAUCUGUCGGGAAAGUCUCGGAGAGGUCGCCCCACGUUUGGUCUCGUUUUGUUGUGUUCCUGGUUUGUUUUUCCGAGGGGAGGGGAGGGGACGGGGGGGACGGGAGCGCUCCCGGCCCCGCGGGGCUGGGAGCAGCAGCGCCCGAGUUCCAAGCGAGCGAACUGGAUUUGGUUUUGCUCCCAUUUGCGAAGACGUGGAUUCUAACAUGCCUGCCUUACGCCGCCACCGAACCAAGAAAACCCACGCCCGAGACACUGACCCAGCCUGCCUGGCGAAUGGCGCAGCCUCCGGACUUCCUACUUAUUUUUUUUUAUUUUUUUUGCAGAGCGGUGCGUUCGCUCGUCGGAGGAGGGAGGGGACCUGUGGGUUAUCAAAGCUGCUCAUUUUGCUGUGAACGCCCCAAGCAUGCACAGGACAGGCCGGCGUGGAGC